AUGACACAGGAGUACGACAACAAACGGCCGGUGUUGGUUCUUCAGAAUGAAGCCCUGUACCCCCCUCGGCGCUCCUACACCAGCGAGGACGAAGCCUGGAAGUCCUUCCUGGAGAACCCUCUCACGGCAGCAACCAAGGCCAUGAUGAGCAUCAACGGCGACGAGGACAGCGCGGCGGCGCUGGGCCUGCUCUACGACUACUACAAGGUGCCGCGAGAGAGGCGGUCAUCUGCCGCCAAGGCCGACGUGGAGCACCCCGAAGCCGAGCACAGCAAAAGAAACAGCAUGCCAAAUGUGACGGAGCAGCCCCUCGUUUCUGCCGGAGAGAACAGAGUGCAAGUUCUGAAAAACGUGCCCUUCAACAUCGUCCUUCCCCACAGCAACCAACUGGGCAUCGACAAGAGAGGGCACCUAACAGUUCCAGACACAACAGUCACCGUCUCCAUAGCAACCAUGCCUACCCACUCCAUCAAGACGGAAGCCCAGCCGCACGGCUUCGCGGUGGGGGUCCCUCCGGCAGUGUACCAUCCCGAGCCCACCGAGCGGGUGGUGGUUUUCGACCGGAACCUCAGCACGGACCAGUUCAGCUCUGCGGCCCAGCCCCCCAAUGCGCAGAGGCGGACGCCAGACUCGACUUUCUCAGAGCCCUUCAAGGAGGGCGUGCAGGAGGUUUUCUUCCCCUCGGACCUCAGUCUGCGGAUGCCCGGCAUGAACUCAGAGGACUUUGUUUUUGACAGUGUUUCUGGGAACAACUUCGAGUACACGCUGGAAGCCUCCAAGUCACUCCGCCAGAAGCCGGGGGACAGCACCAUGACCUACCUGAACAAAGGCCAGUUCUACCCCGUCACCCUGAAGGAAGUGAGCAGCAACGAGGGGAUCCACCACCCCAUCAGCAAAGUGCGGAGCGUGAUCAUGGUGGUGUUCGCCGAGGACAAGACCAGGGAGGACCAGCUGAGGCAUUGGAAGUACUGGCACUCCCGGCAGCACACAGCCAAGCAGAGGUGCAUUGACAUUGCCGACUACAAAGAGAGCUUCAACACCAUCAGCAACAUCGAGGAGAUCGCCUACAAUGCCAUCUCCUUCACCUGGGACAUCAAUGACGAGGCGAAGGUGUUCAUCUCCGUGAACUGCCUGAGCACGGACUUCUCCUCCCAGAAGGGCGUGAAGGGCCUGCCGCUGAACAUCCAGAUCGACACCUACAGCUACAACCACCGCAGCAACAAGCCGGUGCACCGCGCCAUCUGCCAGAUCAAGGUCUUCUGCGACAAGGGAGCCGAACGGAAAAUCCGGGACGAAGAGCGAAAACAGAGCAAAAGAAAAGUGUCUGACGUCAAGGUGCCGCUGCUCCCCACUCACAAACGCAUGGACAUCACGGUCUUCAAGCCCUCUGUCGACCUGGACACGCAGCCUGUCCUCUUCAUUCCCGACGUGCACUUCGCCAACCUGCAGCGGGGCACCCACGUCCUCUCCGUCGCUGCCGAGGAGCUGGAGGGCGAAGGCUCGAACCUGAAAAGGGGGCCGUUCGGGUCUGAGGACGAUUUUGUGGUCCCCCCGCCCGCUAAGCUGAACCGGAUCGAGGAGCCCAAGAGAGUGCUGCUCUACGUGCGGAAGGAGGCAGAGGAAGUCUUCGACGCCCUGAUGCUCAAGACUCCGUCCCUGAAGGGCUUGAUGGAGGCCAUCUCAGACAAAUAUGAUGUCCCCCAUGACAAGAUUGGGAAAAUAUUCAAGAAAUGUAAAAAAGGGAUCCUGGUGAACAUGGACGACAACAUCGUGAAGCACUACUCCAACGAGGACACCUUCCAGCUGCAGAUGGAGGAGGUGGGGGGGUCGUACAGACUCACCCUCACGGAGAUCUGA